CUCAUUCAAUACCUUGGGCAAUGAAUCAGUCAGCAGAAUGACUGAACCCCUCUCACUCCUGCAGCUGCUUUACAUACAUGUAAAUGAGAUUUGUCAGAACGUGCUUCAGAAACAAGACCAUGAACAGGGAAAAGUGAGAGAAAAAAAUUCAUUUCUCGAGUUGCCGGGCAGAAGGGGAGGCUGCUUAUACUCAGAGAGCUGGCCGGGCCAUGUCCAACUGGGCAAGGGUUCAAACCUCACAAGGAACCGUGACUGGGUACAACUGAGAGCCCCUGGACUGGAGUCACGUACGUCUCCUGAAGAGAAACAGCGCGUUUGGGGAGUGUUAAUGGCGACAGGAAGUGGUUCAGAGAGGUCAAAGGUGUGCUCGUACCAACCUCCAAAGGAGGAUCCCACCAGCGCCUCCUGCACGCCCCACCAGAUCCCAGGAGCUGAGCUGCCCAAAGGGGGCUACUCCGAAGAGUUUGUCCAGCCUGUCGAUGGCAAGUAUAGGUGUGAGCAUUGCCAGCGAGUGCUGCAUAAUGCCAAGCAGACCGAGUGUGGGCACCGCUUCUGCGAGAGUUGCCUCAGUGCCCUCCUCAGGAUUCCUGGGCAGGUCUGCCCAGCUGAUCAAGAGCCUCUGGACAACAGAGAGGUGUUCAACGAUAAUUGUUGUCGGAAGGAAAUCCUGAGGUUAAUGAUUUACUGCAGGAACAGGAAGACAGGCUGUAAACAGCAAAUGACCCUGGGAUCUCUCGAGGCCCACCUGAACAGCUGCCCCUUCCAGCCGAUCCAGUGCUCGCGAUCGGGCUGUCCCGAGGUGGUACAGCGGCAAGAUCUGAGUGACCAUUUAAUGUUCAAAUGCAAACAUCGAGAAGUGAAGUGCAAACACUGCCAGAAGGAGAUGACAGUAGCUGAACUCAAGGUGCAUGAAGAGAGUGAGUGCUUAUCUUCUCUGGUCACAUGCCCAAAAAUCUGUGGCGCACGUGUUCACAGGACUGAGCUCAAAGCUCACAUGUCAGAGUGUCCCAAAGCUGAGGGAUGUUGCAAAUUUAGCAGUUAUGGGUGCACAUUUAAGGGAAUGAAUCAAAGGAAGAAGGAACACGAAAAGCAGUCGGUCGAGCAACAUUUGCUGCUGGUGUUGUUGAGAAACAAGGCCCUGGAGGAGAAGGUCUCAAAACUCGAGAGCGAGAUCAAAGAGAAACAGAGCAUCUUACAAAAGUUGGCUGGUCAGAUUCUGAAAAUGGAGGAGGAAAUGUCUUUGACGAACCAAUCAGUAAACAGGAGUGAGGUCAAACUGAACCAGUCACAGAAAACAUUGGCGGUGCACACCGACAGGCUGCAUCAGGUCGAGCGGGAGCUGCUGGAGAGGCGCAAGUUGCAGGAAGACAUAAAACAAGAGCUUAUGUCAGUACGCCACAACACAGGAAACCUGUCCAGUAGGCUAACAGUCCUCGAGACUGGCCAGGGCACUUCAUGCCUCUACAGGGGCAUGAGUAGCUCAGUUUCAGAAUCGGUUCAGCAUCAAGUUGCCCAACACGAUAAAUUGUUGAGUGUACAUGAGGUGCGACUAGCCGAGACUGAUCUCCGUUUCCAGCUGCUGGAGACGGCGAGUUACAAUGGGAGACUGAUCUGGAAAAUCCGGGACUACACCCGUCGGAAGCAGGAGGCGGUGUCCGCCAAGACCCUGUCUCUGUACAGCCAGCCGUUCUACAGCAGCCCCUUCGGCUACAAGAUGUGCGCCCGGGUCUACCUGAACGGCGACGGCAUGGGCAAGGGUACCCACCUGUCCCUCUUCUUUGUGGUGAUGAGGGGUGAGUAUGACCCCCUGCUGCCCUGGCCGUUCAGGCAGAAAGUGACCCUCACCCUACUGGACCAGGGCCCGGCCAAGGACCAUGUGUCCGACACCUUCAAGCCCGACCCCAACAGCUCCAGCUUCCACAGGCCCCAGACGGAGAUGAACGUGGCUUCAGGCUGCCCUCUCUUUGUGACUCAGACCGUGCUCGAGAAUGAGACACACCACUACAUCAAGGACGACACCAUCUUCAUCAAGGUGACUGUGGACAUCUCGGAUUUCUUGGAGGUCUGAGCCCUUUGUCUCUUGGCCUGCUCCCAAUAGUGCAAUAGCCCCGGGAUCGAUGGCAGUGGAUCCCAUCGGGAAUCCGCCGUUUGCAGAGAAAGAUCUCCUUCUGAUCUGGGGCCAGAACAGUAAAUUAUGAAACUGUAUUAAUUUCUUUUGUAAAUAACAUCAAAUCUCUAGAAGACCAGUUCAUAUUUUAAUAUAUAGGCGCACGUAAACAUGUAUAUAGACUGCUGUGUCAUUAGCUACUGAAGUAAACAUUAACCACAUACUUUUGGUUAACCGGCACUUAAGGGUUUUGUGCCGGUUAAUCAAAUAGCCGGUUUACUAUAGUAAAUCCAGUAAACCCUGUCUAUGCCAAGCUUUGAUGUGUCGACAUCCCUCCAAGAAAGCUACGUUAAAGGAAUUGACACGCCUCUUAAAAUCAAUGUUUAAGCACUCAGUAAGUCGUGGAAAUGUACGUCAGUGGUUAUACACAUCGCUGUUCUACCUUAUUUACGGCGCAAAUAUUCAGACAUCACUAUAUUCCAGCUAGAUCCCUUGUGCCUGAUUAU